UGUUGAUUGUGCUCCCGUUUUUGCCCAUAAAUGAAGGAAUCCCUGCUGAAGAUCAUCGGGAUGACAAGAUUCUCGAACUUGGACUCGGAGUAGGCCAAUUAAGAGUUAGCCACGCGGCCACACGAACAGGUGUCGGCGGUUCCAGCAGCAACAUCGGCAACAGCAACAGCAACAGCGACAUCCAGUGACAGCAGCAACGUCUGAAGACAGCAGCAACAAGUGGCAUCAUUUGCGGUUUGGAUCGCCGGGGCGGUUGGUGUGCCGUAAAAACGGGAAAUCGGAAACAUGUUCUCCUCCAUCGCCGCCGCAUCCUCAUCCUCUUACCCAUCCCCAUGCCCACGUCGAGGUGGUGGCGUCUUCAAUCUCGGCCAGCUGCUGCCUAUGGCCAUCGUUAUCGCGGUGUUGCAUCUGCCGCAGUUUGUGUGUCAUGCUGGCUGGGCAACCAGAACGCCAGAGAAUUCCAUUAAUGAGACGACGGCCACCUCCUCCGCCUCCUCCUCGGCCAGCAUGCAAAUCCAGACGCUGCAGGUGAACUGCAGCCGGGAACUGCUCGAGAUGCACUUGGAGCUGAGCCGACCCUUUCGGGGACUGCUCUACGCUAAGGACUUUCCGCUGGAGUGCCGGGCGCGGGGUCAGGACUCGACCUUCCUGCACCUCCGCAUUCCCACCUCGGGCUGCGGGGUGCGGGCGGAGCCGCUGGAGGACGGCAGUCUGGAGUACACUGUGCGUGUGAUGCUCCAGAAGGAGCAGAAGCUGCGUCAGAGCACCGACAUCCUCAGCGCCGUCAAGUGCCAGCUGCCGGCCAAUGCGAUGGGCAUGGCGCUUCCGGUUUUGCGGCAGGACAAGGGACACGACAGAAAUGCCAGGAUGCGGGCCUUGGCAGCGGCUGCUGUUCCCGCCCUCUCCGUAUCAUCCGCACCGCCGGCCAGCGGCACCCACCACCAUCACAUGGAGACGCCGCGGGUCAGGAUCUGGCUGGAGCUGGGCGGCCCCAACGGAACCGGGUCCGUGGAGGUGGGCGUGGCCACCACCCUGACCGUGCGCGCCAUCGUUCCCGGGAACAUCGGCGUGCGGGUGGUGGACUGUGCGGCCCUCGACGGCCUGGGGGAGUCCACGCAGCAGCUGCUGGACGCCCGCGGCUGUCCCAUCGACGAGCAGGUAAUGCCCGCUCUGCACACCCAGCACCGACCGGCGGAGGAGGGAUGGUCCAAGCAGCACGAGGAAGACCUGGUCGAGCGGACGUUCGCGGCCACGUUUCCCGCCUUCAAGUUCCCGGACCGCGAACGCCUCCACGUCAGCUGUGGCGUGCAGCUCUGCAAGGGGAAGUGUCCGACUCUAAACUGUCGCCAGAAGACGCCCCCGCCGGCGCUGAGUGCCGAGCAGCACCUGGCCCGCAUCGAGGUGUUCAAUUCGCUGGCCGUGACAGCUCCCCAGAUCGAGGUGGACCGCCUGCGGUACGACAGGCGCCACAACAUGAGCGGUGAGGAUUAUGCGCCGCACGUGCGGGGUCAGCCCGGGCCCGGCGAGGGAACCCUCUGCCUGUCCAUCUCCAAGCUGGCCAUCUCCUUCUGCGUGCUGGGCCUGAUCUUCCUGGUCGCCGUGGUGGUGGCCAUCUUCUCGCUGAUCCGAUCGCGCCGCCGCGACCGUCGUCAUGGAGCCGGCUUGAGUUUGGGACUGGGACUGGGCAUCGCCGGGACGAGCACCUCGAACAGCAGCAGCCGGCUGCACCGGGAUCGGGCCGAGAUCUGCACCUCGAUGUUCUCGUCCAGCAGCGAGUCGGCACAAUCGCAGCCGCGUUUUGGAGCCAAGUUCCUGAUGCCCUACUACCCCAAUACCCUGCCCUACGGCCGAGUCUACUAGCUACCCGGUUGGUGGAGGGCCCUCCCAGAGACUGACGGAUUCGUCUAACGAGUGGUACCAAAAUAAGGUCUAACUUUAGCAAUAUAAUCGUAGUUAUGUAGCGUUUGGUUGGUCGAAAGGAUCUUGAAAGCGUUUUGCAAGCGGUUCGGGGGCCAAAAUGUGUUUUGAUGUCUUUUCGCUGUAGCAAUAAUCUACAUAUAUAAUCUAAAAUA